ACUUUAUGAGAAAUCAUUCCUUUAGUUACGGCUAAACGAGAACGAACGUAUGUACAUACUGCUGUAGUGUAUGGUAACUCCCAAAAUGCAAAUCAAAAACGAUCGCAUUGAGAAAAACAUUGACAAGGAAAAUGGCAAAAUAAACAUUGAAAAGAAAACAUAUGGAACUAAUGAUAAUGACGUCGAUGUGACCUCUCGUAUUUCCAACACCGGAGAUGUUUUGGAUAACACCAUUGGAGAAUUCGGACGGUGGCAGUGCCAGAUAUCCAUCAUGAUGUCCUUACUUCUGCUGCCCUUGGCAUGGAUUCAAUUGGGAAUGGUGUUUUUAGCACCACCAACUGAAUUCACUUGCAAGCAACCCAUUCUACCCGAUGCCAUAAUUGAAAAAUGGCCCCACAUCAUGAGCGGUAGUGACAUGAAACCAGGUUCGUGCCUAAUUAAAGAUCCUACAUCUAAGAAAGGCGACUCUAUGAUUCCGUGUCCCUGGGGUUUUGAAUACAGCGAUUCGAUAACAAAUUCGAGUAUUAUAACCGAAUGGGAUUUGGUUUGUGAACGCGAACCUCUAUUGAAUCUCGCACAGUUGGCGAUGCUGUUCGGAGUAAUGAGCGGUGGACUUCUGUUUGGAGCCGCUGCGGAUAAAUUGGGACGCAAACCAGUACUUUCCAUAUCAAUCUUUUUGCAAACCAUAUUUGGGUUAAUAUCAGCCGUUAUUCCGUGGUUUUACGGCUUCGUAACCUCCCAAUUCCUCUUGGCGUUUGCAAAUGGAGGCACAAUGGUGACUUCGUUCGUAAUCUGCAUGGAGAUUGUCGGAUGCCAAUGGAGAACCAUCACUCCCAUUUUAUACCAUAUUUCGGCUGGUAUCGGAAGCGCUAUACUGGCUGCGAUUGCAUACUACGUAAGAGAUUGGAGACAGUUACAAUUGGCGCUUGGAAUAUUGGGCGCUAUGUUUAUCAUUUAUAUUUGGACCGCAAGCGAAUCACCUCGUUGGCUUUUGGCAGUUGGAAGAAGACGAGAGGCAACGGCGAUCCUAGACAAGGCGACAGAAAGUAACGGUACAAAUAAGACUUCGAUCAUAAAGAUUCUGGAGGAAUGGAGCCGUCUUAAUGAAGAGAAGAACACGCAAGUUGGCCUAUUGGCUUUCGUUACUAAUUCUGAGCUGUUGAAACGCAUCUUUUUGCUGGGUGUCAAUUGCUUGAUUUCCGAUUUGUGCUUUUAUGGAUUCUCUCAGCACAUUGGACAGUUCUUCGAUAGCAUCUAUAUGUCCGUUGCGUUACAAGGACUGUUAUACUCGAUCAGUGGAAUUGUUGCGAUUGUUGUUGUAAACAGAAAUGGUAGACGUCAAAGUAUUGCUAUAUCAAGCUGCUUCACUGGACUAUGCUUUUUCGCACUUCUAUUCGUGUCACCUAAUGAUUGGGUUAAUGUCUUAUUCGCCAUGACUGGUUUGAUUGGUAUGGCUGUAUCGCAUCCAGUGUUGUAUCUUCUUAGUGGAGAGCUAUUCCCGACUACAAUAAGGGCAUCUGCUGUAGGCAUUUGCAUAACGUUUAGUAAAGUAGGCGCGCUAUUGGCCUCUACUGUUCUUUAUACAGGUGAAGCUGGGUGGUACAUACCGUUGAUAAUCUUUGGUUGUUUAUCAUUCUUUCAAAUCUUACUGACUGUUCCUUUGCCAGAAACCAACAACUUUGAUUUGCCGGAAGACCUGGAGGAAAUCAGGGCAGAGAGAAAGUCAGUCGCAUAAACUGUUUUAUCUGCAUUUAUAAUUUUUUAUUUUGUCAUAUUUUAAAGGGACAGCUAUUACGAUUGGUGCGAUAUGAUGUAGGUAUGUUGAGUCAAUGGUGCUUUUAAAUUUACAUUUCUCGAAUGACUUAUUAAGACUUUGUAAAAUUAAUAAUGUGUAAUACUGUGUAAUAAAUUGCAUGUGUUUUA